AUGGAGGCUGGUUCUGUGGUACGAGCAGUCUUUGAUUUCUGUCCCAGCGUCUCUGAAGAGCUGCCCCUCUUCGUGGGAGAUGUCAUCGAGGUGCUGGCUGUGGUGGAUGAGUUCUGGCUCCUCGGCAAGAAGGAAGGUGUGACAGGGCAGUUUCCUAGCAGCUUUGUGGAACCUGUGGAUAUUCCCCCUUUGAAGCAGGGAGAAAAGCUGUUUGUUUGUACCAGUGACUUCACAUCUCAAGAGCCAGGGAGCUUGUCAUUGCAGAGAGGAGACCUGGUGAUCCUGGGGGGGUCGCUGGCCUCCAGCUGGCUCCAGGGCCGAAGCAGCUGGGGUUCCAAGGGCUUUUUCCCCUCAUCAUGUGUGCGGGAGUUGUGCCUUUCAGUUCGGAGCCAUCAGCUGUCCCAGAGCGCUCUCCUGGAGGUGCCUGCCUACUCACUGGGCCAAGCCCGGGCCUUGAUGGACUUGUCUGCUCAGCUGGAGGAGGAACUGGACUUCAGGGAAGGGGAUGUGAUCAACAUUGUUGGUGUCCCAGAGCCUGGCUGGUUUGAAGGCGAGCUCAGAGGCCACAGGGGCAUCUUCCCAGAGGGUUUUGUGGAACUGCUUACUCCUCUGCGAGCAUCAGAAAGCUCAGUGGAUCCAGAGCCCACAGGGACUCAUGACACCAAUGGGACAGUGGAGAUGCCCCCCAAGGAGGAGGAGGAGGAGGAGGAGCCAGGAAGCACUUACGGUGUUGCCCUCUAUCAGUUCCAAGCCCUGGAGUCCAAGGAACUGGAUUUUGAUGUGGGUGACAGGAUUCGGAUCAUAGGCAUUCUGGAGGAUGGCUGGCUGGAGGGUGAGCUGAGGGGGAAAUGCGGCAUCUUUCCACACAGAUUUGUGAGGCUGGAAGCCUCUGAGGCUUGCAGGGAAAAGGUAGGUGCUGGGGAUCCUCAAGGUAGAGGCAGCUGUGUAGUGACCAUCAAUCAAGACCCAGAAAGCACCUGCUCCGAAGCUCUUCCUUUGCCAGGGAAAGAUGGCAGGGAGAAGGAGGAUGGCUUAGCUGCACACCCUGGGCCUGACACCAUUUUGUCUCAUACGGUGGGGAGAACAGAGGGUCAUCUUGGCACAGAUUUGAAGUGGCAGGCCUUUCCUGGCACAGGACACCAAGGGCCACAUCCCAAAGGCACAGUGGACUCCCUCCCCUUUGACCGCACAAAGACAGUCAACGGCCUUCUCCCUUCUGCUCAGCUGCCUCCCCAACAGGGCAACAGACCUGGUCAAGCAGGUGAUUUGGAGCCUGGGGGGGCCAUUUCAGCCUCCCCAGGCAACUCAGAAACUCACACCUUGCCCGAGCAUGAUGGAGACAGUCCCACUGUGCCCCUGCAGGCUCCACACUCCCCCCAAGAUCCUUGCAGAAGCCAGACAAUUUCUUCUCCUAACAGCUGGGCAGCAUCCGAGCCUCAGGAGAGCCAGAGCAGCACCCAGGACCUGGAUAGUUGUGUGGACAGUCAACAGGAGAAGUCCAAACCUUGUUCCUCUGGCCUGGGAGGUGCCCAGGUGGGCCUGGACACAUGGGUUGGAAGCUGGGGGGAAUGCUGCCCACUUGCAGCACAAGGGGACGGCUGCACGGACCUUGACUCCAAACUGACAGAGCAGCUGGUGCAGUUUGAGAAAAGUCUGUCAAGUACCGGCGCUGAGCAGGACAAGGUCUCCCGCCACUUCUCUAUCUUGGACUACAGCUCUGAGAAGGACAUUGUCCGUGGCUCUCCUGAGUGUGCCCCGCAUGCCAGGCAGCCAGAGAGGAGAAAGGCCCUGAGGCCACCCCCUCCUCGGCCCAGCAGCCUUGCGACAACCCCUGUGCACGCGCUGGGUGGCCAGGUGCCCAAAGGCAGGUCUCUGUCCUUCUCGGUUAAGCCCUCCCGGCCUGCACCCCGGCCUCCAUCAAGCAACCAGCGGAAAAAUGUGGCCUCUGUGCAGCUUCAGCCCAGCAGCCAGGAGCAGCGAGUGGAGGAAGGACGUGAGAACUUGACACGGGCAGGAUCAGCUUCCCCCCACUCCAUUCUGCUGACAAGGAUUGGAGAGGUGGAGCGAGACCUGGAGGCUUACGGCAAGACCCGCACUGAGCUAAGCCUGAUGCUGGAGGAGCAGCAGGAUGAGCUGGUGAGAGCAGAGACGCUGGAAAACCUUGAUUUCUGUGACUCCAACAUCGAGAGCCUCAGUGUGGAGCUGCAGGAGCUGAGAGGACCUGUGGGUGAGGGCUGGGAAAAGGAUGAGCUCGGCAGCAGGUUUGAGCCAGGGGCAGCCUGA